UUGUGUGGUCGUCAAACAGGUACGAGUUGAUAACAGUAGUAACAGCUCACACCAUCCGAAUUUGUAUCCGGUAAUUGAUUACCGAUUUCCAGCCACCAUGCCUAAAUGUCCAAACUGUACUAAGGAGGUUUACUUCGCCGAGAAGGUGACGUCACUUGGGAAAGAUUGGCAUAGGCCGUGUCUGAAAUGUGAAAAAUGCAGAAAGACACUAUCGGCAGGGAGUCACGCAGAGCAUGAAGGGAAGCCAUAUUGUCAUAAACCUUGCUACGCCAGUCAAUUUGGACCUGGAGGUUAUGGUCACGGAGGAACAGAGAGUCAUAGAUACUAGGCGAUGGAACAUUCAUUGGAAAUAUCCAAUGCUGCAUCCAGCGACUGUUGAACACAGAAUCAUUUAUCAUUCCUUAAGAAAUUAUAGUAGCAACAUGCAUUUUAUAAAACAUGAAAUGGCGUUCUGUUUCAAUAAUGAAUCAUGCAAUGAAAAUCUUAAUAGAUGUUAAAACAUGUUAAGCAAAUCUUUUUAUUUUCAAGAAUGUUCAUUAUAUGCUUUUAUUCAAAAUAGUAUAUGAAUUGCCCAUUAAAUAUGAUUGUAUCUGUA